AUGUCCCAAUCCACCCACCCCCCAACCCUCCUCCUAACCCCCGGCUCCUGGCACACACCCACCAGCCUAAUCCACCUGCAAACCGCCCUCCAAAAAGCCGGCUACCCUACCCAAACAAUCGCCCACCCCACCAACGGCGCAGAACCACCCACCAAAACCCUCACCGACGACACCACCAACCUCCGCCACACGCUCUCGCAGCUCAUCGACCAAGAAGGCAAAGACGUCGUCCUAAUCGCCCAUUCCUACGGCGGCCUUGUAAUUUCCAACGCGGCCGAAGGCUUCGGGAAGAAAGAUCGCGGCAAACGGGGUCUGCAAGGCGGGGUUGUGCUCAUGGUUUAUAUGACUGCGUUCUUGGUACCGAGGGGGAAGAGUCUGUUUGGGGUUUUGGGGGAGUUUAGACCUGCGAAUAUGGUUUUGGAGGGCUCAUAUUGUCGCGCAACCUCCGCCAGAGAAUCCUUCUACCAUGACCUCUCGCCCGAGAUGCUGGCAGAAGCGGAGGCGCAGUUAACGCAUAGUUGCAUUGGGGCGUAUACGGAGAGUGUCAACUAUGAGCCCUGGCGGGAUAUCUCCUGUGCUUAUAUCUUCUGUGAGGAGGAUCGGGCGCUGGGGCUUCCUGUUCAGGAGAUGCUGGUUGAGAUGAUGAGGGAGAGUGCGCCUUUUCCGGUCUUGACGGGGAGGUUGAAGGCUUCGCAUUCGCCGUUUUAUAGUAUGCCUGGGGAGACGGCGGAGGUUAUAAGGGGUUUUAUUAGCGAGGUGGAGGGGGUUUAG